AUGGCGGCUCUUCGAGGCGGGAGACCAAGCUCUCGCGCCAUCUCCCUGAUCCUGCUUCUCGUGGCCUUCUUUGCUGGCGUCAGCCUUGCUUCUGUCGGUGACCAGCUGGAGGAUUUCAAACGAUGUCUCGACGUCUGCAAGCUCGAGAACUGCGGCCCUGGCAAGGCUGAAACUCCAAUUCCCCUCUCCCGCCGCCUCCUCCUCUGGGACUGCCCCGCCGAAUGCGACUACACCUGCCAACACAUCAUCACCGCCUCCCGCGUCGCCUCCGAUCUCAACAUCGUCCAGUUCCACGGCAAAUGGCCCUUUUACCGCUUCAUCGGCAUACAGGAGCCCUUCUCCGUGCUCUUCUCCCUCGGCAACUUCUGGGCGCACUGGCAGGGCCUCAAGAAGAUCCGCGACCAGAUCCCGGCCCACUACUCCAUGCGCCCAUACUACGAGGUCUUCUCCUACUUUGGCCUCGCCGCCUGGACCUUCAGCUCCAUCUUCCACACCCGCGACUUUGCCGCCACCGAGCAGCUCGACUACUUCGCCGCCGGCGCCAGCGUCCUGUACGGGACGUACUACACCGUUGUGCGCAUCUUCCGGCUCGACCGCAAGACGCCGCGCCGGCGCUCGGUGCUGCGCGUGUGGACGCUGCUCUGCGUCCUGCUGUAUGCCUGCCACGUCGGAUACUUGAAGCUCUUCCGCUGGGACUACACCUACAACAUGGCCGCCAACGUCGUCGUUGGCAUCAUCCACAAUGCCCUCUGGAGCUGGUUCAGUUUCCACCGCUACCGCAAGCUGGGCCGUACUUGGGCCAUGUGGCCUAGCAUCGCAGUGGCGUGGGUCAUGUUUUCCAUGAGCAUGGAAUUGUUUGAUUUCCCGCCCUGGUUGGGCUGCAUUGAUGCUCACAGCUUGUGGCACCUAAUGACGAUUGGGCCAACCGUUCUGUGGUACAAUUUUCUCGUCAAGGAUGCAAACGAUGAUCUUGCCGGAAGCGAGAGAUUAAAAGCUUGA